AAUUUACGUAAAAAAGUUCUAUUUCGUGGAAAAUUACUUUAAUGUCACUGUUAUUGUUUAUUUUUGUAAUAUAUUGUGCAAUAUCUUUUUGAUAUCAUAUUAAGAGCGGGCACACUCUUGACUAAACUAUCGUACAACAAUUGUGCGAUUGUUUAGUUGCACAACUAAAAAUCGAGUAGUGCACCUCCAUAUAAUCUCAUAGGAAUCAAAGCGAGACAAAACUGUUGUCCGACAGUUUAAUCAAAGGUGUGCUUUAAUAAUUCACGUAGAAGAGUCAUUUUUAAGCAAUAUUUUUCUUCUCAAAUUGUUUAGUAAUGGCGUAAUUUUGUUUAUUAAAUGUCCUUGAUUUCUAUUAAAAAAAAGAUCAGUUCCUGACUACGCUCUUGUGCUAUGACAUUAUCGGCCGAUUACUGAAACGACAUUAAAUAUAAAGCGUCUUAAAUAAUUGCCAUUAAAAUAACUGUUAGAUUACAAGCGUCGCUUACGAAGUGUUUAAACUUCGUUCCAGUAUUCGGCCUUAAGUCAACGGUUUAUUUACUAAAACCUGUACAAACCCUGAUGUGACCAUAUCUAGUGAGAUAAUUAUCCAUAUUUAAUAUUAAGUUAUAAUAAAAUGAUCUAGAGAAUGUUAUUUUGUAAUUUUGUAAAUAAAAUAAAUUAUUCGUGUUUUAAAAAGAUUUGUUUUUAUUUACCUUGGGUAUAAAGAAUCCAAAACGUUGACGUCUAUAUGAUUUCUGCGUUGUUAAGCGUGAAGAGAAUCGAUGUAUCUCAUACGAAUUUUUUUAGUUUCAAAAGGGUCAUUUAUGACUAGCACAAUGUUAUAUAAGAAAGGCAAGAUCAUUCUAACUCAGUAAUUGUGCGGUCAGUGUUCCGUGAACACGAAAAAUUAUGUUUCUACGUAAUUACAAAGUGAUGUGUUUUAACAAGGGCAUUAAGUAUUUUUCCACUAAUGCAGAGCAAUUGAAAAAUGUUGCAUUACAAUUAAGACAAGGGAAAUUAAGAGGCUUGGAAAAAAAAUUGCGUAACGGAACUACAUAUUAUAGCUUCAAAGGAAUACCAUAUGCUAGUCCUCCUGUCGGGAAACUUAGAUUCAAGGCGCCUCUUCCCCCAGAACCGUGGCAAGGCACACGAGACGCCUUCGAACAUGGACCGAUUUGUCCUCAAGUUGAACCAUACGUAGGACAAUGUAACCUAAAAAACGAAGAUUGUCUAUAUUUAAAUGUCUACACGAAAACCUUGGAACGGAACGCUAAAGUACCUGUCAUGGUAUACAUCCAUGGAGGAGCGUAUUUGUAUGGAUCAGGAAAUGAUGACAUCCAUGGACCGGAGUUUCUUUUACAACAUGACAUAACACUGGUUACUUUUAAUUAUAGAUUAGAAGCGCUUGGGUUUUUAUGUCUAGAUACUCCAGAGAUUCCUGGGAAUGCUGGCAUGAAGGAUCAAGUUGCCGCUUUACGUUGGGUUCAAGAAAACAUUGAAAAAUUCGGUGGCGAUCCAAAUAAUGUGACUAUAUUUGGUGAAAGCGCCGGAGGUACAUCGGUUACUUAUCACCUCCUUUCCUCAAUGUCAAAUGGUUUAUUCCAUAAAGUAAUAGCACAAAGUGGAGUAUGCAUAAGCGAUUGGGCACAGGGUAAAUACGGUAAGGAUAGGGCAAUGAGAGCCGCAAAAUACUUAGGAAUUCAUAACAAUGAUGUUAGUAAAUUGACAGAUUUAUUCCAAAAUGUUCCUGUUGACAAUUUAGUCAAACUUACUUUUAAAUCAAUGACCAAAGAUGAGAAAUGUCGUGGAUUUCCAUGUCAUUUCGCUCCAGUUGUUGAGAAAGAAUUUGAUCACGUAGAACCAUUUCUUAUUAAGGAACCUUUAGAAUUAUUGAUGUCUGGACAAACAGCUAAAGUACCUUUGUUAGCUGGUUACAAUUCAGCUGAAGGACUAAUAAUGACUAAGUAUGAAUUAAAAAGACUUGAAUUUACGAAAGAUAAUUUGUCUUUUUAUGUUCCACGAGAAAUAGCUAACUGUGUAACAGAAGAGAAACUGGUAGAUUUCGGAUACAGGAUACAAAAGUUUUAUGCUGGAGAUAGAAUGACAGAGUGUAAUGUUGAUGAAGUGAUGAUUUUACAUUCAGAUCUCUAUUUCAUAUACAAUUAUCACAGGUUUUUACAUUUUUAUUCAAAUUUUUCGGAAUCCAUUUAUUCUUAUAGAUUUAAUUGCAUAACAGAUUUGAAUAUACACAAGAAAAUAUUAGGAUUCAGUAACUAUAACGGAGCUAGUCAUAUCGAUGAGAUAUUUUAUUUGUUCAAUAACGAAAUGAACAAGCCUAUUUAUGAAAAACAAGAAAGAUUAAGAGACAUCAUAUUUAUGGUUACAAAACUAUGGACUGAUUUUGCUAAGACUGGGAAUCCGACGCCAGAUAAAUCUCAAGAGUUUACAUGGCAAAGAUACACUAAGACCGGUAAAGAAUACCUUAAUCUCAAAGAAAGGCCUUCAAUGGAUACUUUCGCUGAAAUGGAACGAGUGAAAUUUUGGAACAGCCUGUAUAAAGAAGCUGGUCUUCCUCACAUCGCGGAUUGCUAA